GAAGUUUUUUCUUGAAUUGUCUUUGUUGGGAGGAAGGAAUUUCCUUGACCCCUCGAGGUUCUUCUAGCUGGUCUAAGAAUCAAAUUGACAUGAGACAGAGUGACAGAAGGAAAAACCCGAAGUUUAAUUACAUACAUAUGGGGAAGCCAUACAGUCAGGGAGCAUAAAGUAUAUAUGUCAUCCUGAACCAAGGAGGUGAGGAUGGGGGUCUAAGACUUCAAAGAAAAAGGGAAGCAGUUCAUGGGGAAUAUGAACAAAGUAAAUGUUUGAUAAACAAAACACUUGAUGGGCCACACAGAACCCAGGGGUAAACAUAGAAACUUGAACCUAAGGCUUUGUCACAUUCCUCCCUGUCACUCCUAGUUCACAUUGUACUAUAGCUCUCUAAGGUGAUAGCUCUCCUUCUGGAGCAUGUUCUCUAUCUAAAUUCUUUUUAUGUAGUUGUGGUGUGGGAGGUCAAAGUUUCUUUCUGAGUCUUUUGGGCCUUAAUUAUUCUCAACUCUGAAAUAGUCUGCAUGCCACGAUGGCACAUCUUGGGGUGACCUGUCCUUGGUCCCUGCACCUCCCAAGUUCAGAGGUCAUGAACAAGCUUUAUCCUUUGUUGAGCUUUUUUAGGCAGUGAAGACUGGAGGGGCCAAGGGCCUGGCUGGUGAAGAACUCUGGAAGGAAGGUGUUUCCCUUGCCUCAGGGCCAGUCUCACUGCAAAUUUUCCAUGCAACAGUUAAGUACUUGCUGACUAGGAACUGAAUGAGACUGUAGUUCCAUACCUGUGCCAUACCCAGAGCUUUGUGAGGGAUCCAGGUAUGUUUUUGCCUGAUGGAGGGUAGAAACAUGGGGCAAUCAGUUCCUUCCAUAAUACUAGAAAUCGAAGAGAACAGGCUGGUCUUACCCUCCAGGAAAUGAAGCCCAGUCAGCUAAAGUAGUACCUGGUAAUGUUGCUGGGCAGCUGCACUGAGGAAGUCUCUCCCUGUGCACUAGGUGAAACCUCAGCCUGGACGGGAGAGGGUUCUUGACUCUGAUCGAAAGAGUUCUUGACCAGAUAGGACAAGUGUAGGUAAGGAAGGAAUUCAUUAAAGUGAGAUUAGCAGUGAAUGGCAGCAGGCAGCAGAGAACAAGGAAGAGCAGAGGGAGGAAAGGGAAGUUCACUGAACUCCAGCUUGGCGUAGGGCAGAGUAAACUGGCAUCCAGUGACCCUUUGAAUCUGCGCUGUGUGGGAACUAAGUCCCUACCACCCCAGGAUUUCCGGGAGCCACAGAGCACUAGAUGGAGUGAGAUUAUGUUUUGACAACUUCCCAAAGCAAAGAAAGAUUUUUGGCAGAUGCCUAAAGAGCAUGAUUGUACAGCUGCAGUCUCUUCCAGGUUACCCAGGUAAUGGGAACUUGCAAACCCAAAUCAGAGAUCUCAGUAGACAUUCCUUACUUGUCUGAAGUAGGACAGAGUGAAGAUUUGUGCUUGAGUCUAGAAAAUUGAAUGAAAUCAUGAAAUCUUAGCACUGGGAAGACUUUUAUUAACCUCCCAAGAGGCUUGGAAAUCCAGAGACAAAACACAGUAAGUUGAGCAGUGACGUGGCUUUAUUAAAGGUCAAGUACACACUUGAAGAAAGGGGAGUGCAAGCAACCUCAGGGAAGAGGUGCUUAAGGGCAUAGGAUUCUUUCUUUAAGGCUUUCAAGAAUGGGGCAAAGGGUCAGGGGGCAAUAGGCUUGACAUGGAGUCUCAUAAUGUCUGUCUCCUGUGAGAGACCUUAUGUCACCAUCUGUAGUCUGUCCUCUAUUCUGUAAGAUAAACUUAUCACAAGGAAUUUUUUGAUCCUGUUCUUCUCCAAGAUAGUGGUUACCCUCAAGCAGUGGGGACAUAUUAUUUAGGACUACUUGCCCUGCCUUAAGAUAGGGUCACUUAUAGGCUGAUUACCAUAAAGUAUGUUAGGAAUAUUACCUCAUAACUCCCUUGGUUUUUAAAAAUGGAAUCUUAGCCUUAAAAUGGAGUCCCUCUUGUUCUUACUAUAUAAUUUAUAUUGGCAUUUUUCAUCAGAGGCAGGAAAAAUUAAUCAUGGUGCUUGUCCCAUGUCCCUGCCCUACCUCAGUGAGGGUCCAGUGAUUUUCUAGGAAGAUCCAAGAAAGGAGACCUGUGAGUCAGCAGGUGUGGUCAGGGAUCCUUCUUAGUAUUAGCUGCGCUUGGGCAGUGGUUUGGGAGGCAGUUGUGGGGAAGUGAGCCUUUCCUGAGGUGAGGAACGUCUGGUCCACUGUGUGAUUUCUUCCCUUCUUUGCCCUCUCAUGGCACUUGGGGAAAUACAGUUAAAGCACAGUCUCCUCCCAACCCAGAAAAACCUCUCCAGAAUGGCAGAAGUGGAAAAAAGCACUUUUAUUAUUGACUAAUCGUUAAGCCAGAAUGAAAUUGCAUCUCAGGCAGUCCACUAAAAAGAUUGCAGAGAUAGAAGGCUCCCCCUUAUAUAGCUAAGUGGUGACAACCCAGUUUUGCAAUUUGGAAAUUUGUCAGGUGACAAGUUAGGCCUAUCUCCUCCCAGGAAACUGGCAGAUUGGCAUAUUCAAAGCGAUAGUUACCAGGCCUUUAAGGAAAUGGUCCUAAGUUUUGAGACUGGCAAGUCACUCAUUUGCCAUUAAAAAGAUUUUAUAGUCGCCUCAGACCCCUUACCUGGUUUAGCUUUCCCAGGUUUCAGUUACUCAUCACAACGCCUAUGUCAUUGACCUCACUUCAUCUCAUCACAAACAUCUCACAUCAUCACAAGAAGGGUGUCUGUGACAUUCAGGGACGUGGCAGUGUUCUUCAGCCGGGAUGAGUGGCUGCACCUGGACUCUGCGCAGAGGACCUUGUACCGGGAGGUGAUGCUGGAGAACUACAGCGCCCUGGUCUCGCUGGGGAUUCUGUUUUCCAAACCAAAGGUUAUUUUCCAGUUAGAGCAAGGGGAAGACCCCUGGAUGGUGGAAAAUGGAGUUUCUCAAGGCACAUGUGUAGGAUGGGAGAGCUUGUUUGAAACCACAGUUUCAGAAGAAGAAGGUCAGGAAGUAAUGAAUAAAUUCAUAGAUGAUGCUCCUUUUGACUUCAAGUCAGGAAAGACCUACAUAAAUGAGGACAAACUAGAGAAGCAGCAAGGCCAAAACAGCAAACCCUUCAGGAAACUCUUAAUUACCAUUAAAAAAACCUACAUGAUGGAGAGAAGCUUUACAGGUAUUGAACUGGGGAAGAAUCUUGCUCUAAAAUCAUCACUUACUAGAAAACCCAGAAUGGCUUCCAGAGGAAGGAAACCCCAUUCACAGCAGUAUUCAAUUCUGUUUAAACAACUGGGAGUCAAUAUAGUACGUAAAUGCUACAAAUGUAAUGUCUGUGGGAAAAUCUUCCUCCACAGUUCUUCCCUGAGUAAACAUCAGAGAAUCCAUACUGGAGAGAAGCUCUAUAAAUGUAAGGAAUGUAGGAAAGCUUUUAGCCAAAGCUCAUCUCUAACUCAGCAUCUGAGAGUUCAUACUGGAGAGAAACCUUAUAUAUGUAGUGAAUGUGGAAAAGCCUUCAGUUUCACUACAUCUCUUAUUGGACAUCAGAGAAUGCAUACUGGAGAGAGGCCCUAUAAAUGCAAUGAAUGUGGGAAAACAUUUAAAGGUAGCUCAUCCCUUAAUAAUCACCAGAGAAUUCAUACUGGGGAAAAGCCCUAUAAGUGUAAUGAAUGUGGGAGAGCCUUUAGUCAGUGCUCAUCUCUUAUUCAACAUCAUAGAAUUCAUACUGGCGAGAAACCAUAUGAAUGUAGCCAGUGUGGGAAAGCUUUUACUUCAAUAUCACGGCUGAGCAGACACCACAGGAUUCAUACUGGAGAGAAGCCCUUUAACUGCAAUGAGUGUGGAAAAGUGUUCAGUUACCACUCAGCCCUUAUUAUACAUCAGAGAAUUCACACUGGUGAGAAACCUUAUGCAUGUAAAGAAUGUGGGAAAGCCUUCAGCCAAAGCUCUGCUCUUAUACAGCAUCAAAGAAUUCAUACUGGAGAAAAACCCUACAAAUGUAAUGAAUGUGGGAAAGCUUUCUCCUGGAUUUCACGGCUUAAUAUACACAAUAGAAUCCAUACUGGAGAAAAACCAUAUAAUUGUAAAGAAUGUGGAAAAGCUUUCAGUUCCCACUCAGCAGUUAAUACUCAUAGAAAAAUCCAUACUGGAGAGAAACCUUAUAAAUGUAGUGACUGUGAAAAAGCCUUCAACCAAAGCUCAGCUCUAAUUCAGCACCAGAGAAUUCAUACUGGAGAGAAACCAUUCAACUGUAAAGUAUGUGGGAAAGCCUUCAGACAAAGUUCAUCCCUUAUGACACAUAUGAGAAUUCAUACAGGAGAAAAGCCUUAUAAAUGUAAAGAAUGUGGGAAAGCUUUUAGUCAGAGCUCAUCCCUUACCAAUCAUCAGAGGACUCAUACUGGAGAAAAACCAUAAAAUGCAUGUGGAAAAUCUAGUUGAAGUUCAUUCCACAAUAAAUAUCAGAGAAUUCAUCUUGGGGAGAAAGUGAUAAAAAUUAGUUAAUUGUCAGUUAAACUUCAGAAUCUAGGCUGUCAAACAUCAGAGACUUCAUGAUGCAUGUUACCUUAGGAGGAUUAGGAUGGCUUCUUUAAAAUAUUUUUUCAUGUUUUUAAGUUAUUACUGAUUAUAAAAUAGAGAAUUUAUAAGAUCAAAAUGUUAGUAUAUUAUAUUUUCAUUCUAGUGAUGUAUGGCAACCACCACCAGCUUUCACAAAUACCACUGGAAAGCAUGUUUUAUGGAAGGUUUUAUGUAAAAGUGCAGCCAUGAAAUUUUGACAAUCUAGGAAUCUAUUUUUUUUGAAACUGUAAGUGUUAUACAAGCCAAUUGUACUAAGAAUGUUUUGGAGAAGAACGGUAAGCAGGUGACCUGUAGCUACCUCACUGUGACUAAAAUUUGGUUUUAAAAAUUG